AUGGCCGUGGUGGCUCACCCUGAGAGACACAUGGCCACGGUGGGUCACCCUGAGAGACACAUGGCCGUGGUGGGUCACCCUGAGAGACACAUGGCCACGGUGGCUCACCUUGAGAGACACAUGGCCGUGGUGGGUCACCCUGAGAGACACAUGGCCACGGUGGCUCACCCUGAGAGACACAUGGCCCUGGUGGGUCACCCUGAGAGAUACAUGGCCACGGUGGGUCACCCUGAGAGACACAUGGCCACGGUGGGUCACCCUGAGGGACACAUGGCCAUGGUGGGUCACCCUGAGAGACACAUGGCCCUGGUGGCUCACCCUGAGGGACACAUGGCCGCGGUGGCUCACCCUGAGGGACACAUGGCCGCGGUGGCUCACCCUGAGAGACACAUGGCCGUGAUGGCUCACCCUAAGAGACACAUGGCCACGGUGGGUCACCCUGAGAGACACAUGGCCACGGUGGGUCACCCUGAGAGACACAUGGCCAUGGUGGGUCACCCUGAGAGACACAUGGCCCUGAUGGCUCACCCUGAGGGACACAUGGCCACGGUGGCUCGCCCUGAGAGACACAUGGCCCUGGUGGGUCACCCUGAGAGACACAUGGCCCGUGUGGGUCACCCUGAGAGACACAUGGCCCUGGUAGGUCACCCUGAGAGACACAUGGCCCUGGUGGCUCACCCUGAGAGACACAUGGCCACGGUGGGUCACCCUGAGAGACACAUGGCCACGGUGGGUCAUCCUGAGAGACACAUGGCCCUGGUGGGUCACCCUGAGAGACACAUGGCCCUGGUGGGUCACCCUGAGAGACACAUGGCCCUGGUGGGUCACCCUGAGAGACACAUGGCCCUGGUGGGUCACCCUGAGAGACACAUGGCCCUGGUGGGUCACCCUGAGAGACACAUGACCCUGGUAGGUCACCCUGAGAGACACAUGGCCACGGUGAGUCACCCUGAGAGACACAUGGCCAUGGUGGCUCACCCUGAGAGACACAUGACCCUGGUAGGUCACCCUGAGAGACACAUGGCCACGGUGAGUCACCCUGAGAGACACAUGGUCAUGGUGGCUCACCCUGAGAGACACAUGACCCUGGUGGGUCACCCUGAGAGACACAUGGCCCUGGUGGGUCACCCUGAGAGACACAUGGCCACGGUGGGUCACCCUGAGAGACACAUGGCCACGGUGGGUCAUCCUGAGAGACACAUGGCCCUGGUGGGUCACCCUGAGAGACACAUGGCCACGGUGGCUCACCCUGAGAGACACAUGACCCUGGUGGGUCACCCUGAGAGACACAUGGCCAUGGUGGCUCACCCUGAGAGACACAUGACCCUGGUGGGUCACCCUGAGAGACACAUGGCCCUGGUGGGUCACCCUGAGAGACACAUGGCCACGGUGGGUCACCCUGAGAGACACAUGGCCACGGUGGGUCAUCCUGAGAGACACAUGACCCUGGUGGGUCACCCUGAGAGACACAUGGCCCUGGUGGGUCACCCUGAGAGACACAUGGCCACGGUGGGUCACCCUGAGAGACACAUGGCCACGGUGGGUCAUCCUGAGAGACACAUGGCCCUGGUGGGUCACCCUGAGAGACACAUGGCCCUGAGAUGUGUUCCUAGAGAUGUGGCCCUAGAGAUGUGUUCCGAGAGAUGUGGUCCUAGAGAUGUGUUCCUAGAGAUGUGUUCCGAGAGAUGUGUUCCUAGAGAUGUGUUCCGAGAGAUGCGUUCCUAG